AUGGCUCAAGAUUCAACAGAUAUUAAAGAAACCAUUGGGGCUCUUGACGAUUAUGUUCUUUUAGGACGUAGUGGUUUGAGGGUUUCGCCUCUAUGCCUUGGCGCAUUGACUUUUGGAGAAAAAUUUGGUGUAGGUUCGAAUUAUGAAGAAUCUAAGAAGGUUUUCGACUAUUAUUAUGAAAAAGGCGGAAAUUUCUUUGAUACGGCUAACGCAUACAACUUUGGCGAGAGUGAACAAUUUCUUGGAGAAUAUAUUGCUGAUAAACGUUCUCAAGUCGUAAUCGCCACCAAAUAUACUGAAAAUGCCACCGCUUUAAAUCCAAAUGUCAGAUACAAUCCAAAUGCUGGUGGAAAUCACCGCAAAUCUCUUGUCGAAAGUCUCGACGCAAGCCUUAAACGACUGGGCACUGGAUAUGUUGAUAUUAUGUAUGUUCAUGCUUGGGAAUUUCGUACUCCUAUUGAAGAAGUAAUGCGAUCUUUAGAUGAUGUUGUUAGAAGUGGCAAAGUACUCUAUAUCGCGAUUAGCGAUGCACCAGCAUGGGUAGUUAGUCGUGCAAAUACGAUGGCUGAGUUACGUGGUUGGAGUCAAUUUAUUGGAUUACAAACGCGAUAUAAUUUAUUAAAUCGAUCAUUGGAAUGUGAAAUACAAAAUGCUUGUGCUGAACUUGACGUUGGAAUUAUUCCUUGGGGAUGUAUUGCUGAAGGGUUCUUGACCGGAAAAUACACUAGGGAAUCAGUCGCCAAUUUAGAAAUACCGGAUAAUAUGAAAAGUCAGCGCAUUAACUCAAUUAAAAGAUCAGCAGAAAAUGAACAAAACUGGAAAAUUCUUGAUGAAGUUACAGCUAUUGCUGCUGAAAUCAAAAGAACACCUGUUCAGGUCGCAUUGAAUUGGAUCUCACAAAAGCCUGGUAUUACUUCGCCUCUUAUUGGUGCUAGAACAAAAGCCCAAUUAGUUGAAAAUCUUAAAGCCCUUGAAUUCAAAUUGACACCUGAACAAAUGGCGAGAUUAGAUGAUGUUUCGGCACCAAAGGAAAUACCAUUCCCAUAUUCUAUAUAUUCGAAUCUCGAGAAAUAUAUUGGUAAAGGAAUACAAAUUCCUGCCAAGUAUAAACCCGUGUUUAUGAUGGGAGCACAAGAAAAAUUAUAG